UCUUCACCUUCAGACAAACCUUAUUUUUUUUGUAUAUAUUCUUAUUCUUCCAAAAGAAGAAGACCUUCUGGUAAUAACAUUUUCUUCAUAAACUCUCUUAAAAUUCAUAUACAUGUAUAUAUUUGUGUGUGUAUGUGCUAAUUGUGUAUAUUGAUAUAUUCAUUCCCACGUUAGCUGACAUGGCGGGAAACGGAAACAGUGAUGGAGAAUUCAGUUUCUCGGCCGCGGCUGCGCGUGAUGCCCUAGCGAGGAUCACGACGGAGAAGGGAACCAAGGCUCCGACGUCAACGGACGUGUGUCACGACGACACCGCAUCGCCGGUCAGCUUUCAGACCAUCGAUGAGCUCCACAGUCUCCAGAAGAAACGAUCUGCACCAACCACUCCACUCAAAGAAGGCGGUGGCGUAGUGAUCGGAACCAGUGGCCCUACCACUCCUGUCUCCGGUGAGAGCAUGCUUCAAUCCGUCAGUGCAUCGUUGGCUUCGUUGACGAGAGAGACAGGACCAAAGGUAAUCAGAGGAGAUCCCACAUCGGCGGCUAAAGUGUCCCACGUGCCACAAACUCCUACGUCAGUUCCGGCGACUGACAUCAGUGAUAGCGCCUUGAAGUUCACUCACGUCCUUCACAACCUCUCUCCCGCCGAGUUGUACGAGCAGGCGAUAAAAUAUGAGCAAGGAUCGUUCAUAACAUCGACUGGUGCGUUGGCAACAUUGUCCGGAGCCAAAACCGGUCGGUCUCCUAAAGACAAGCGUGUGGUUAAGGAUGAGACAACUGCGUCCGAACUCUGGUGGGGAAAAGGAUCACCAAAUAUCGAAAUGGAUGAACAAGCCUUUUUGGUGAACCGAGAAAGAGCUGUUGAUUACUUGAACUCUUUGGACAAGGUGUUUGUGAAUGAUCAAUACCUAAACUGGGACCCAGAGAAUAGAAUCAAAGUCAGAAUAGUAUCAGCAAGAGCUUACCACUCACUUUUCAUGCACAACAUGUGUAUCCGUCCAACACCUGAAGAGCUAGAAAAUUUCGGGACACCUGAUUUCACGAUCUUUAACGCUGGAAAGUUCCCAUGCAACCGUUACACUCAUUACAUGACAUCAUCGACUAGUGUCGACAUAAACCUAGCAAGAAGAGAGAUGGUGAUUUUAGGGACACAAUAUGCUGGAGAAAUGAAGAAAGGACUCUUUGGUGUGAUGCAUUAUCUGAUGCCUAAGAGAAAGAUUUUGUCACUUCACUCCGGUUGUAACAUGGGCAAAGAUGGAGAUGUUGCUCUCUUUUUCGGUUUAUCUGGAACCGGAAAGACUACAUUGUCGACCGAUCAUAACCGGUAUUUGAUUGGAGAUGAUGAACAUUGUUGGAGUGAGACUGGAGUCUCGAACAUUGAAGGUGGUUGUUACGCUAAAUGCAUUGAUUUAUCGAGGGAGAAAGAGCCUGAUAUCUGGAACGCUAUCAAAUUCGGAACCGUUUUGGAGAAUGUUGUGUUUGAUGAGCACACAAGAGAAGUGGACUAUACAGACAAAUCAGUGACGGAGAACACACGUGCGGCUUAUCCUAUUGAGUAUAUCCCUAACUCGAAGAUACCAUGCGUUGGACCACACCCUAAGAAUGUGAUCCUAUUGGCUUGUGAUGCCUUUGGUGUGCUGCCACCAGUCAGCAAGCUGGAUCUUGCUCAAACUAUGUAUCAUUUCAUCAGUGGCUACACUGCUCUCGUUGCAGGAACAGAGGAAGGAGUAAAGGAGCCAAGAGCGACCUUCUCGGCUUGUUUUGGUGCUGCUUUCAUUAUGCUUCACCCAACCAAAUACGCAGCUAUGUUAGCCGAGAAAAUGCAAGCUCAAGGAGCCACCGGUUGGCUUGUUAACACCGGCUGGUCUGGUGGAAGCUAUGGAUCUGGAAGUCGAAUCAAGUUGGCGUAUACUAGAAAGAUUAUUGAUGCUAUACAUUCGGGUAGUCUCUUGAGUGCAACGUAUCAGAAAACUGAGAUUUUUGGUUUGGAGAUUCCAAAUGAAGUUGAAGGAGUGCCUUCUGAGAUUUUGGAGCCUAUGAAUGCUUGGGAAGACAAAGUGGCUUAUAAGGAAACGUUGUUGAAGUUGGCUGGUUUGUUUAGAAACAAUUUUGAGACAUUCACAAGUCAUAAGAUUGGAGAAGAUGGAAAAUUGACUGAAGAGAUUCUUGCAGCUGGUCCAAAUUUCUAA